AUGGAGCUCUUGGGGUCUCUCAGCCUGGAAGUGAGCGCUCCCUUGGUGACAGUGGCACUGUCGGCCGUCCUCCUGGCCCUCCUGAAAUGGUAUUCCACAUCGGCCUUUUCAAGGCUGGAGAAGCUGGGCAUCCGCCACCCCAAGCCUUCUCCUUUCAUCGGCAAUCUGGCAUUCUUCCACCAGGGCUUUUGGGACGGUCACCUGACACUCAGGAAGCUCUACGGACCUGUGAGCGGGUACUACCUUGGUCGCCGGAUGUUCAUCGUUAUAUCUGACCCAGACUUCAUCGGCCAGGUGCUGGUUGAGCAGUUCAGUAACUUUAACAACAGAAUGGCGUCCGGUCUAGAGUGCAAGCCGUUGACCGACAGCAUCCUGUUCCUCCGGGACUCACGCUGGGAGGAGGUUCGGGGCGUGCUGAUUUCCGUCUUCAGUGCCGAGAAGAUGACCGAGAUGAUCCCCCUAAUCAGCCAAGCCUGUGACCUGCUCCUGGCCCAUUUAAAACCUUAUGCAGAAGGCGGGGACGCUUUUGACAUCCAAAGGUGCUACAGCUGCUACACCACUGACCUGGUGGCCAGCGUGGUCUUCGGCACGCCUCUGGACUCCCAGAAGAACCCCGAGCACCCCUUUGUGGACCACUGCCGCCAGCUCUUUGCCUACUCCAUCCCCAGGCCCAUCAUGUUUCUGCUCCUGUCAUUUCCAUCCAUAAUGGUCCCGCUGGCCCGGAUUUUGCCCAAUAAGAACCGAGAUAAACUGAACGGCUAUUUUCACAAGCUCAUUACGAGUGGAAUCGCCCUGCGCGACCAGCAAGACGCCAAGGAGAGGCGGAGGGACUUCCUCCAGCUGAUGUUGGAUGCCCGCCACUCCACCACCUGUGAGGGCACAGAGAACUUCGACAUGGUCAGACAGAUCUCCAUUGAAGGCCACCCCAUGAGUCCUGCCCGGCCAUGCCAGCCCCGACUCCCGGCCAAGCCUUUGACAGAGGAUGAGGUUGCUGGCCAGGCCUUCCUCUUCCUCGUUGCCGGCUACGAGUUUGUCACCAACACUCUGUCUUUUGCCACCUACCUCCUGGCCACCCACCCUGAGUGCCAAGAGAAGCUUCUGAAGGAGGUGGACCAUUUUCACGAGGCCCACGCAGCCCCUGAAUACCAGAGCCUGCAGCGAGACCUGCCCUACCUGGACAUGGUGAUUGCCGAGACCCUGAGGAUGUACCCGCCAGCUUUCAGGUUCACGCGGGAGGCGGCGCGGGAUUGCGAGGUGCUGGGACAGCGCAUCCCGGCGGGCGCUGUGCUGGAGAUGGCAGUGGGGGCCCUGCACCACGACCCUGAGUUCUGGCCGGAGCCCGAGGUCUUCAACCCAGAGAGGUUCACAGCAGAGGCCCAGCGACACCGGCGACCCUUCACCUACCUGCCAUUCGGGGCAGGCCCCCGGAGCUGCCUUGGGGCGCGGCUCGGGCUGCUGGAGGUCAAGUUGACGCUGCUGCGCAUUCUUAGCAAGUUCUACUUUCAGGCCUGUGAGCAGACUCAGAUCCCGCUCCAGCUUGAGUCCAAAUCUGCUCUCGGGCCCAGAAAUGGCGUUCACAUCAAGCUCGUCUCCCGUGACAAUGGGGUGCCCAGCAAGCCCCGACUCUGAGAAAAUCACUGUAUGGAAAUUUGAACUUUGGGGGAAACACCCCUGCAGCACCGGAGGGGUCCCUUGACCUGUGAGGAUGUGAGGUCACUUGGCUGACAUUCCCUAAUGGCUUAAUAAACCUUUGU